GUCCUCUCCAACAUGACCUUGAAAGCUGUGCAGUUUCUCCAUCGUCACUCUCCCUUUUGCACAGAGCAUUGGUUGAAAUUAGAGGUUUUGACAGUGAAGAGAGAAAGGACUUUCACUGAUGUAACUCUCACCUCGAUCAAUCAAAUUGGCCCCCAUUUCAACCUACUUAAUGGCUUUUCAAAAAAAAAAAAAAAACAGCCAGUAAGACAGUAAAAUUUGCCACUCCACUACUUUACCGUCGUGUUUUUUUGCUCUAUAAAAACCAUGCUAAUUGUAAGCAACUUAAAAGAAGAGAGAGAGAGAGAGCUCUUUCUUCUUUCUUCUUUGCUAUCGUCAACUCCUUUCUGGGUGUUCACCAGCUGCCCUCAGUCUUCCACCAUGGCAGUAAUGCUGAGAUCUCUGCUCUCUCUUUUGCUCUUCACUUCAAUAUUCUCCCACAUUUCAGAGGUCUCAUCAACAACAAUAACACUACACAACAAGUGCACGCAUCCAGUGUGGCCAGGUAUCCAACCAAGCGCAGGAAAACCCAUAUUGGCCCGUGGAGGCUUCAAGCUCCCACCCAACAAGGCAUACACUCUCCACAUCCCACCACUCUGGUCCGGCCGUUUCUGGGGUCGCCAUGGCUGCUCCUUUGAUGCCUCUGGGCGUGGCCGUUGCGCCACUGGAGACUGUGGUGGCUCCCUCUACUGCAAUGGCAUUGGGGGCACCCCACCAGCCACACUAGCAGAAAUCACCCUAGGCAAAGAACAAGAUUUCUAUGACGUUAGCCUUGUAGAUGGCUACAAUCUUGCAGUCUCUAUAACCCCAUUUAAAGGAUCCGGGAAAUGUAGCUAUGCAGGGUGUGUCAGUGACUUAAACUUGAUGUGUCCAUUGGGGUUACAAGUCAGGUCAAAAGAUAACAGGAGGGUUGUGGCUUGCAAGAGUGCUUGUUUUGCUUUCAAUUCUCCUAGGUAUUGCUGUACUGGUAGAUUUGGUACCCCUCAAGCUUGCAAGCCGACUGCUUAUUCCAGGAUAUUCAAGGCAGCUUGCCCUAAGGCCUACUCUUAUGCUUAUGAUGAUCCUACCAGCAUUGCAACUUGCACUCGUGGGAAUUAUUUGGUCACUUUCUGUCAUCACCGCUGAUGUGUGAAGGAUUUGUGUCUUCUGAUCACUUCAAUUAGGAGUCUGUCUCCCUUUGGCUUAUCAAUGUAGCUGAGGUCAAGGGCUUGCUUCCGUGUAUUGUUCCAGUACAUAAUGAAUUAUGUUAUAUGUCUAAUUAAUAUAUGGUAGUGGUCUUGAUUGAGCUGGCCGAUGUUGUAUAUUGA